AUGGAGACAACGGAUGAGCUGGAUACCUCAAAGGUGAGGCACUGGAGGUCCAUCAUCACUCUGAUCGUCUUUGUACUCACAAGUAAGGCCAGGAAAACAAGCCCUCCAGCGUUUAUAUCCAUGCUCAUGCUCCAUCACAGACAUCAUCGUCCUCUUCCCCUUCCACACCCCGAUCUACAUACCCCGAAAGCUAUGGAACAUCGUCUCCGAUACCUUGACAUCACUCCGCCUCAUCGACCGACGCAGCACGACCAACGCGGAGCGAGAACAUGGCAAGUUCAGAAAGGUCGACGUCCCCAUCGACUUCGUCACAGCACCUCUCAUAGCAGACCUUUUCCUGCUUGCAAUCCUAGCCAUAGGUCGCGAAGAAGUCCACGAUGGAACAGUCGGUGCCGACAAUAUUGCACCCAUCAACAUCAUGGUCUUUUUCCUCUCGCUGGCGUACAUCGCCCUCUCGAUCGAUGCAUCCGGUCUGAUUCGGUAUCUCGCGCUCAAGGUACUUCAGAAAGGAGGCAAGAACGGCCGCAGCUUAUUCUUCUACCUCUACAUUUUCUUCUUCGCUCUAGCGAGCGUGAUUGGCAAUGAUCCUAUCGUCUUGAGUGGAACGCCGUUUCUGGCCUACAUGACUCGCGCUUCCAGCAAUAUCGAAACCGCACGGGCAUGGAUCUUUACGCAAUUCGCUGUGGCCAACAUCGCGUCCGCAAUCCUCGUGUCUUCGAAUCCGACAAAUCUGGUUUUGGCUGGAGCUUUUGAGGUCAAGUUCAUCGAAUACACGGCGAACGUCAUCGUGCCGGUGAUCAUCACUGCCAUUGUCCUGUUUCCCUUCCUCUUAUGGAUUGUCUUCCGGGGGCAGAAGCUCGUGCCUUCACGCAUUCACCUACACGAGCUACCAGAGGAUAGGAAGAACAAGCCGCCUGUCAACCCAAACAUUCCUAAAGGGCAAAAAGACAAGCAGGCAGGUCAGGCUUCCACCAAUGACCAAGACGAGGGACAGAGCAGCCUCGAUUCGCUGGAGGAGGUCAUGAACCCAUUUCUUGACAAGCCAAGCGCCAUCUUCGCCUCGGUUGUCAUGAUCAUCACACUCAUUGUGAUUCUCGUCAUUAACGCUACAGCUCCCGCUGGUAAAGAAUAUCCGGUCUGGUGGGUGACCCUUCCAGCCGCAGUGCUGGUAUUUUGCUGGGACGUAGCAAUCGGCUGGCGUCACCGACAUGAGAGUCGCCGAAUCGCGCGAGAGCGUCGACAGCAAGCAGCAGAGGGGCAAACGAGCACGUCAAGCUCUGCAAAUGCUACUGCUAGUAUACCCAUGGCCUUGUUUGAGAAUGGACACCCAGGCGUCACGAGCGUCGAAGCUGGCGUGCCAGUAAGCGAGUCUGAGAAGAUUGUCGCCUCAUCUCCAGCAGGACAAGGCACUGAAGGCAUUGCGAGAUAUGAAAGUAGCACAGAGCAAGGACGAGCAACGGAAAGCAGCAUCGAACGGACGACUUUACAGUCACUGAUCACUAAUGGCUACCGAUGGCUACAGGAGACGCUACCAACCGUCAUGGCCGUGCUCUCACAUUUACCUCUCAAGCUCGUACCCUUCGCGUUGUGCAUGUUCGUUCUCGUGCAAGCGCUUGUGACAAACGGCUGGGUCCCGGUCUUCGCAUAUGGCUGGAACCACUGGGUCAACUGGACCGGUGUGGUCGGUGCCAUUGGCGGAAUGGGCUUCAUCUCGGUGAUACUCUGCAACGUAAGACUCCUCGAGCUCAGCUACAAUAGCCACCGCACUAACAGUAUUCCAGUUCGCGGGCACCAAUAUCGGCACAACCAUCCUGCUAUGCCGCAUUAUCCAAUCCUGGGUCGCCAUCCACGAACGCGAUCCCAAUCAUCCGAUCAAUCAACGUACGUUCUGGGCUACUGUCUACAGCAUGGCGAUCGGCGUCAACUAUGGUGCCUUCAGCAUCGCUCUCAGUGCUUCACUAGCCGGGCUACUCUGGCGGGAUAUUCUCAUGAGGAAGGGUAUUAGAGUGGGCAGUUUGGAGUUUGCCAGGGUCAAUGUGAGGAUUAUUGCUGCGGCUAUGGUUGUUGGAUGUGCGGUGUUGGUCGGCGAAGUCUAUCUAUUUCGGGGGACAGAGGCUUAUGAGGGAUGAUUUGAAUGAUCAUGAGGAAUGGAAAUGUUCUGUUGUCUGUGAAUUGAUAGAUGGAUAUACUCCAACGGAUGAAGUGACCGGGAGCUGGUAUCUCGCCGGAGCUACCUCCGCGUCAGAAAUCUUGGCAUUGACGAUGGUCGUUCCUUCUGACUCCAAUUGCUCGCGACAGGCAUCCACUCCCCACCACUUCACGUUUCUCCUCGAGGCGAUGGAAUCCACCUCCCCACCCUCUCCCAACAAUGCUUUAGCAGAGUCGCCCUACCUGCGCUCCCUCUUCGUAUGCGCAUUCCAACGGCACCUCAACGCCCCAAAAGUGCACAUGUACUGAAUCACCUAGGCAGGCGCCCUAGCAGGCACCACCGUCGACAUCUCCCUCUACCCCCUCGACACGCUCAAAACGCGCCUCCAGUCCUCCAGCGGCUUCUGGGCCGCCGGCGGUUUCCGUGGCAUCUACUCCGGCAUCGGCUCCGUAGUCGUGGGCUCUGCACCCGGCGCUGCCCUCUUUUUCGUCUCCUACGAGAGCACGAAGCGAUGGCUCGGCAAAGACGGCGCAACAGCACACAUGCUCGGAGCUAGUGUUGGGGAAAUCGCGGCUUGCGCGGUGAGGGUGCCCACCGAAGUCAUCAAGAGUCGGGCGCAGGCCAAGCAGUUUCCUUCUAGCGCGGCUGCGCUGCAGUAUGUGCUGGGACAGAGACGGACGCAGGGCUUGGUGCAUGUCUGGAGGGAGUUGUAUCGGGGUUGGGGCAUCACGGUCAUGAGGGAGGUUCCUUUUACGAUUAUACAGUUCCCGCUGUGGGAGUUUCUGAAGAAAUGGUCCUUGAGCCAACGACCUGCGCAUAAUCGACCGAAAGAGGUCACGGGGGCUGAGAGCGCGGUAUAUGGUGCUGUUUCAGGCGCCGUGGCGGCGGGAUUGACGACGCCGCUGGAUGUGUUGAAGACGAGGAUGAUGUUGAGCACGCAGCGGGAGAAUGUGUUCAGUCUGACGGGCAAGAUUUGGAGGGAUGAGGGUGGGAGAGUAUUCUUCAGCGGCAUUGGACCAAGGACCAUGUGGAUCAGCAUUGGAGGGGCGGUGUUUUUGGGGAGCUAUACUUGGGCGAGCAACCUGCUUGGGGGGCGAUGA